GUAACAACCGUUGACAACCCUGGCCAUUUGCUUCUAGAAAAGUCGGCAUUUUUCGCAUUUUAACCUGGCACGACUUGCAGCGUGUUAUACUCAGCGAUAAAAAAGGAAAAAAGGCCAGUAAAUAGAGACCGUCAUCCGCUCCACCAGCAGAAAUGGACAAGGUGAACGAACUCAAAGAAAAGGGCAACCAGGCGCUAAAUGCCGAGAAAUUCGACGAGGCUGUGGCGGCUUACACUGAGGCCAUCUCGCUGGACGGGCAGAACCAUGUGCUCUACAGCAACCGCUCGGCGGCAUUCGCCAAGGCCGGUAAGUUCCAGGAGGCGCUGGAGGAUGCGGAGAAGACCAUCGAGCUGAAUCCCACCUGGCCGAAGGGGUACUCCCGCAAAGGAGUCGCCGCCGCGGGUCUGCAUGAUUUCAUGAAGGCCUUUGGGGCGUACAACGAGGGUCUCAAGUACGACCCCCAGAAUGCUAUACUCCUGCAGGGUCGCCAGGAGAUCACUGCCUCGGCUUUGAACUACAUGCAGGCGCAUGGGGACUUGCCCAUGGAUGUCGAUCCUCAGCAGCCGAGCAGCCGAAGGGCUCCAUCGCCACCACCGGCUGCGAAACCGGCUGCGAGCCAGAAACCCGCUGAGCCUCGGGUGGAGGACAUGACCGAGGAGCAGAAGAAGAAGUACUUUGCCAAGCGGGAGAAGGAGCUGGGCAAUGCCGCCUACAAGAAGAAGGAGUUUGAGACGGCCCUGAAACACUAUAAUGCUGCCAUCGAACACGAUCCCACAGAUAUAACCUUCUACAACAACAUAGCUGCCGUUUAUUUCGAGCGCAAGGAGUACGACGAGUGCAUCAAGCAAUGCGAGAAGGGCAUCGAGGUGGGACGCGAGAGCCGCGCCGACUUCAAGCUGAUAGCAAAAUCCUUUGCCCGCAUCGGCAACACCUAUCGCAAGCUGGAGAACUACAAGCAGGCGAAGGUGUACUACGAGAAGGCCAUGUCCGAGCACCGCACGCCGGAGAUCAAGACUUCGCUGAGCGAGGUGGAGGCCAAGAUCAAGGAGGAGGAGCGAAAGGCCUACAUCAAUCCCGAGAAGGCCGAGGAGGAGAAGGAGCAGGGCAACCACUUCUUCAAGAAGGGCGACUACAGUAACGCUGUGAAGCACUACACCGAGGCCAUCAAGCGCAACCCGGAUGAUCCCAAGCUCUACAGCAACCGUGCCGCCUGCUACACCAAGCUGGCCGCCUUCGAUUUGGGCCUCAAGGACUGCGACACGUGCAUCAAGCUGGAUGAGAAGUUCAUCAAGGGCUACAUCCGCAAGGGCAAGAUCCUGCAGGGCAUGCAGCAACAAUCCAAGGCCCAGGCCGCCUACCAAAAGGCCCUGGAGCUGGACCCCAACAACGCGGAGGCCGUCGAAGGCUACCGCCAGUGCUCGAUGAACUUCCAACGCAAUCCGCAGGAGGUGCUCAAGAACGCCAUGUCCGACCCGGAGAUCCAACAAAUUCUAAAGGACCCGGCCAUGCGCAUGAUUCUCGAGCAGAUGCAGAACGAUCCCAAUGCGGUCAAAGAACACUUGCAGAAUCCAGCCAUCGCCGAUAAGAUAAUGAAACUGCUGGAAUCGGGCAUCAUUCAGAUACACUAGGCACUCCAACCCCACAAACACACACCCUCAUACACUCACUAACUCACAUACAAACCAUAUUGAUAAACAUUCAGGAGACAAACACCCAAUAAUACGCAUUAUACAAAAUUUAUGGCACCUUUAAGCUGGUUAACUAAUAUAUCGUUUUUGAUGAAACGGGCCACAAUUAAUGCUAAACGUAAUUACCUUAGAAAUCGCAACACUACCACUAACUAAAGAAAUUGAAACUAGAAGGAGAAAACAAAAUCAUUGAUAAAUGUCUGCCUAGUUGAUUUACGCAGAUGGAUGGAGUAGGCUCCAAACGUCAAGGUCCUUAUUUUCUUACUACAAUAAAUAUGCUGUAGCUUAGCUCUAAAAUAAGUUUUUGAAUGUAAAAUAAAUGAGUCAAAGAAUGGUAA